AUGGCUUCAUCCUGGAUACCAGAAAACUCGUCCCCUAAGAGCAGCCGCCGCAGGGGAAUCAGCCAGCAGAAAAAGGUCGAUGAGCUGGUGCACAAAUACUUUAAGAUCAAAUGUCCCAGUCCCGUCCUCCGCGAUCUUCUCAAAAGCACUGAGAAAUCGGAUCUCCUCGUCAGCACUGUCCGACUUCAGGUUUCACUGGCCAGAUGCCGCUCUCAGGACUUCAAUGAUGGUCAGGUCACCAUCUACGAUAAAGCUCUGUUGACGCUGUCAAAAAAUGGAGACGAGCCUGCGGAACUGAGCGUCCUUGAGCUCUACCUGACUGAGUAUCUCGGGAUUGUUCCUAUUUCCAACACUUCGCACAGUCUGGAUGUGGCCACUAAGCGUCUUGGGCUGCAUCAGGCUUUGACCAAAAUGCGCUCAUCGACGGAUUCCAACACAGAGUCCCCCAAUUCGGAAGAGCCUAUCCUGAAGUUGGAUGGACAAGUCCACGCCAGUACCACCACCACAAGCGAACCGACAAAGGAGUCUGGCAUACACUCAGAAGAUACCAAGUCUUUGUCCGAAGAGUCUCGUGAAGCAAAGCCUGAAAGAAAAAAUGUUGUCCCCGGUGGAGCGGAUACCCAGAACCAUGAUCGCGAGAACAGGCGGAAUGAGCGAGCCCACACGGCCGGCAAAAAGCCGAUGAAGGACUACAAUCCCCGUAAAGCAGAUACGAAAGCUUCCCUGAAGAGAAAGAGAGAUGACGACAGCGUCCGGAGUCGAGCGGAGCGGCUUCUUGACGUCUUUUUCAAAGCCAGAGAUGAACACAUCAACAGAAGACGAAAGGAAACAGCAAGCGAUCUAAACACCGUUCGAUUUGUGAGAGACUCAGCCGAAAACGCCCUGGCAUACCUCCGUGCCAACAAUAUGAAGGACCAUGAGGCUAUUCCGGACCUUGAAAAGUGGUUUGCCAUCAUGAGAGAUAAAGCUACUGCUCUUACAGGUGGUCGAGGGCGCCAUUUCGAUGAGAAGCCUCCCCCGGCCCCCAAAUACUUGCGCCCUAAAAAGCGUGCCCGAUUUCUGAUCGACUCUUACAGACCUCGGCGGUGGAGUCCCAUGGUUCCUGAAGGUGAUGCCUCUUCUUAA